AUGGCAGAGCUGUACACACCGGACAGGGGGUUGUCUUCAAGGAUACCAAUCUUGACGGACUCCGGUACUAAAAAUUUGUCGUUAAUUAGACAACAGAACACUAUUUAUAUCCUUAUGUGCACGGUAAUUGAAUGCAGACACGAAUGCGUUGGUCGUAAGGGAAAUGACACUCAAUACUGUGUUUGCAACGCUACCUAUUGCGAUGACCUAGAUCCUAUUACCAAACAACCCGUUGGCACAAUACUGUCCUACCAGUCCAGUAAGAGUGGGGACAGAUUCAAAGAAUCCCAGUUAAAAUUUGUCAAACAAAAUGACCAUGAUAAUGCUGAUCGGGUGACACUGACCCUGGACAAAAGUAAAAGGUUCCAAAAGAUAUUUGGUAUAGGUGCCGCGUUUACCGAUGCAGCCGCUAUUAAUAUUGGUAGUUUGCCCAAGGACAUGUCCGAUAGGGUUAUCAAGGACUAUUUCUCAGCAUCUGGUAUUGGGUUCAGUAUGGCUCGUAUACCUAUAGCUGGCUGCGAUUUCUCGACCCAUGAGUACACAUAUGAUGAUACAAAGGAUGAUUAUUCACUUGAACAUUUUACUAUGCCUGAUGAGGAAAUUAAAUACAAGUUGGGCACUGUUACCAUUCCCCAAAUUAAAUUAGCUAAACAGGUGGCUCAACAUGGACUUAAACUUUACGGCAGUCCCUGGAAUACACCGCAUUGGUUGAAUGAUGCUCAAAAAUUGAAAACCCAACCAGAUAAACAAUAUGAGACAUGGGCUAACUAUUUUGUCAAGUUCCUGGAUGAGUACAAAAAGAAUGGCAUUGAGUUAUGGGGACUGACCAUGCAAAAUGAGCCAAUGUCAUUUAGCUCUAUGCACUUCCUAAACGCAUCUAUUGAGCGAGACUUUGUGAAAAAGCAUCUUGAAAGGGCACGACUGGGCAUAUGGGACUCAGGCAGUGGCUAUGCCCGCCAGAUAAUAGACAAUUUUAGCCAUUGGGUAAGCGGUUGGGUGGAGUGGAAUUUGGCCCUGAGCGUGUUUGGCAACCCUAAUAAGGAUAAGAAAAUGGCUGACGCACCCCUGAUAAUUGAUGUUGACAACAAGGAAUAUUUCAAAAAUCCCCAAUUUUAUGCCAUUGGACAUUUUAGUAAAUUCGUAGCACCCGACUCAGUUAGAGUUGAGUUGACAGCCAGUAAAAUUGAAAAAGAUUUCAAGUCUAUUGCUUUCGAAACACCGGAUAAAUCAGUGGUCGUUGUUAUGGUGAAUGAUAGUCCCAACCCCAUAGAUAUUACUAUUAGUGACCCCGCUCAUGAUAUACGUCUGAAUCUCAUGGGGUUUGACGGUAUGAGUGACCCGAUUGCUGCCCUCUUUGAUAGUCAGCGCCAACGUGUCGUUCCUUCUGUUGAAGACAAUGACAACAACCCCGCCGUCGGGCCUCUGAAAGGCAGUGCUGUACACAUCGGACUGGGGGUUGUCUUCAGUGAUGCCAAUCUUGACGGACUCCGGGACUAA